AUGUCUCAACAUGAAACUGCCAUUGCAGGCUCUUAUGCUGAGAAUCGUUCAAAAAGAAUUAACGAUCCUAGGCGUUCUAAGGAAUAUGUUGAUUCGAAGAGUAAACAACAAGAAAAAGUGAAAAAGGUAUCUAAAUUUUUGGUUACCAAGCACCCUGCUGUGGUACCAUCUAUGUGUAGAUACAUGAAUGUUAAUGUAAUGCAAGAUAUUAGAGGCAAACCAACAGACCCAAAGAUGGAUAUGUUUAGGAAUUCUUGUUUUGGUAAAUAUCUUAGAAUGCAGCAAAUGGAUGUACAAGCACAGAUUUUUCGGUGUUUUAUGGUCAAAGAACUUAGGGGCAGUACAUAUAGGUGCUUUACAUUUGAAAUAAAUGGUAAAGUUCUGCGUUUUGGCCUUAGAGAAUUUGCACUGAUCACUGAGCUAGAUUGUGUAUCUGAUGAAAAUGAUCUUGUUUAUGAUAACUCAAAACCGAAUAGGCUUAUGAUUGAGUAUUUUGGUAGAAAUCAGGAGAACCAACUGCCAGUUAAAAGACACGAGCUUAUUGAGUGUUUCAACAAGACUGUACAUUGUGGUGAGCCAAACUCAACAAACAUACCAAGGAUCCAUUUUGAUGUUGUAGAGGACGGGAGAUAUAAUGAGUAUCCUUGGGGUAAAGAUUCGUUUAGAGAGUUGGUUGUAAGCAUUGAGCAGAAAUAUGCUGGUUUUAAGAAAUAUUAUAGGAUUCAUGGUUUGCCGCUUGCUAUCCAAGUAUGGUUGUAUGAAUGUUGCUCAAAAGUCCCGUCCACCAUUGCAGUUAAGACUGGCAAUUUAAUUCCUAGAAUUUUGAACUGGCGGACUACGGAAGGAAAACCAGAAUUCAAGAGAUUGAUGGAUGGCAUGUUCAGAGACGACAAAAACCCGUCCUGUAGAUUUGAGGAAGUUGUUCCAACACCCCAUGAGUUAGAAACUCUUAAAUUGCCUCUUGUUGCACAUGACAUACCAGACGUCAAACAUGGAGUUGAUGGUGUACAUGGUACUGAUUUGGUAGACGAUGAUUUUAGUACCACACCACCGCAUCUAUCCAGUGGAAAACAACAACAAAGGAGUGCCAAUUCUGAUUCCCCGCGAGGCAAGAAACGGACACAGUUUCCAGUUUCUGUUCCUCCUUCCAGGAAACAAGCAUCACCGAAGGAAUCUUGGAUAAAAGGGACAAGGAAACCAGAUGCACCUACAGGACUCCGAACAGAUAAGUUUAAACUGAUAAGGGAAGAGAUUCGGAUUUUCAAGAAAGAAGUAUUUGACUACAUGGAUAAUAACUUCAAAAAGUUGUUAGAUGCAAUAAAGGGCAAUCAAACACCAGAUAAGGUCGGAGACACAAUGUUGCAAGCUGACUUACAUAGUGAUGGUGAGAUUUCUCAAGGCAAUCAAAGUGGCGGUGCAGUAAAGCUUUCAACCAAAGAGAAUCAAGGUGGUGGUGCCACUUCCGCGCAGAGGAGUCAUCCAGUGGAAUCUCAGCAAAUCGGUGAUAUGGAGAAUGCUAAUGCUGAAUUUACCGCAUCAGAGGAAAUGGUAGCGGACUUGCUAGUCAACUGUCCUUUAGCAUGUGUUAUUCCUCUCGGUCCUCCUCCAGUACCACGCGAUGAUCAAACUGAUUUGUCAAGUUUAAGGACCCCUCAGAAUCUGGACGAUAACCCAGUAACGAUCUCUCAGUGGAUGAUUUCUGAUUCUCAGAUACCAAUCCAACUUGGAGUACAACCAACAACCGGACAAAGUUCAACUAAUGAAACUGAACAGCAAGUUGGAGUACAACCGAUCGUUGGCCACAAUUCAAGUGAUGAAACUGGAGAACAAGUUCCUGUACAACCAAAUGCGGGUCAAAGCUCAAGUGGUGAGACUGCACAACUUUCAAACACUGAAAAACAAAUCAUUGUCCAUCUAGGUGCUGCCCGAGAAAGGAAACCAAGCAAAUACAACCUGUCCCCUUAUUGUCCCAAUUUCAGCUCAGCGGGUUCUUCUGCCAAAAAUAUCAAUCCUUGCAUUUAUCAGAAAAAACACCCAUUUGUUGACCACCCUAUAAAUGCCCCGUUAGAUACUUCGUUUCUGCAAGAAUAUCAAAAGUGGCUUGAAAAGGAUCUGUUGAAAUCGCACGACAAAAGGAAACCAAAGGAAAAUCAUUACAGAAAGAACAAGGAAGAACUGGAUCCUGCGGAUGCCAAACUUCGGUUACAUUUAGGCGUUACAACCAUAUCCGACAAAAACUGGUUCUACUUGUUAUCUAUGGAUGGGCAACUUUGGAUUGAUGAGCAUAUUGAUGUUAUUUUCUGCUACCUACGCAAGAAGGGGAAGUAUCACAAUAACAACAAUUAUAAAUUCACCACUGCCAGCUGUAUUUUUCACACUUUAGUUGUUGAAAUUUACAAAUCUUGGGAAAACUCUGAUUCAUCCACAUGUGUCGCCAGUAAGGAAGAUGAACUGUGUGAGUACAUUAACGGGCACAGGCUGUUGGUUAAUGUACAGUGGUGCAUCUACGUAUACAACUCAUACCGAGCUUCAGGGCAUGAUGCUGUCGUUAGAGCCGGAAUGAAAAUGUUGGCUACUCUUGUGACACACAGUCUACAAAUGACUGAUUUCUAUGAAAAGAAGGCUGAUAUAGAUUUUGCCACACAUCCUUCUUACAGAAAUAGAGAACAGACCGACAACUUUGACAUUGUGAAUGUAGACAAUCUCCCACAACAAGCUCCCUCUAGCAUGGAUUGUGGUGUGUAUGCGGUAGCCUUCGCUGAAUACUUGAGCUCAAGUGAAGUCAUCCCAACCGAAUUCGAUGCAAAGUUAUUCUGUAUGAGAUACGGCGCCCUUUUAUGCGACUAUGCAUGGGAUAAGUCAAACAACAAUGCAUCAAGUGAUAACGAGCAGCCUCCAAGACCAAUUAGACCGGCAGUUGAUUAUGAUGCAGUUGAUAAAGAGGAUCUUGAUUAG